CCUCCCUUGGUUAUUUCCCAAAAUCCAUUGCAACUUCCUUUCAACAAGACCCCAAAGAUGGGUAUAGACAUUACACAUAAGUAUGACCGAAAGGUCAGAAGGACCGAGCCCAGGAGCCAGGAUAUCUACCUGAGGCUUUUGGUGAAACUGUACCGCUUCUUGGCAAGGAGAACCAAUGCCAAGUUUAACAAGGUGAUCCUCAAGAGGCUGUUCAUGAGCAACACCAACAAACCUCCCAUGUCACUGGCUAAAAUAGUGCGUCUGAUGAAGAAGCCUGGCCGUGAUGGGAAGGUUGCUGUUAUUGUUGGAAAUGUCACAGAUGACAUCCGUCUUCUCAAGGUGCCCAAGCUGAAGAUAUGCGCCCUGCGUGUCACUGAGCGGGCACGUGGCCGUAUCCUCAGCAAUGGAGGCGAGAUCAUCACUUUUGACCAACUGGCACUGAGAUCUCCAAAGGGACAGAACACUGUGCUGGUGCAAGGUCGCAGAAAGGCCCGUGAAGCAUACAGACACUUCGGCACCGCCCCUGGUGUGCCACACAGUAAUACUGCUCCAUAUGUACGCUCCAAGGGAAGGAAAUUCGAGCGGGCUCGUGGUCGCAGAGCAAGCAGAGGCUACAAGAACUAGAUCAGUGUACAAACUUCACCCAAAUAAAAGCUGUCUGGGAAAA